AUGCUAACUCAGAUAAUGGAGGUCAAGAAACCAAAGCAUUUAAAGAAAAGAUCUUUUAUUUAUUUAUACAGAAUCGGCUGCAGAGUACUUCUUAGCUUAAUAACGUUACAGAGUAUUCUUACAAAAUUAGCAGUGGAGGACAUAAAGAAAGUUAGUAAGGCUUUUAUUGGCAGGAGGCAAGAUGUAUUUAUUAACCCAAAGGGACCAUUAAAUCUGCUGCGUGGAUACAUUGGAAACCGGAAUGGAUAUAUGUACAACAAGCGAUUUUAUUCCUCUGAAAUAGACACAGACUAUGUGUUGUCUAAGAAAGAAAUAUCAAGUAAAAAUGAACAGGUUUAUAAAUUUACAAGAACACCAGUCAAUGACAGAGUAUACAAGGACAUAGCUACACAGGCCCCGAAUGGCAAGUAUCUUAGCACUUAUCACGCACAGCUCAUAAAGAUGUUUCCGUCUGCAGCUGGAAACCUUUCUAUUGAGGCAGGUAGACUAACUGCACUUACAAACUUCUUAAGAGCAGAACAUGUCAAGAAGGAUGCAAAAUAUAUCCUUGCUGCACUGCUGCUUCUCUCAGAAGGUAUUGACAUUAAAAUAGCUGUAGACCAUACAGAAAAGAAAAAGAAGCUCGUGAUAAAAAGCAAAACAGUCCAGGAAAAAGUGUUUGUGAAGGUAGAAAUGUACACAGCAAGUAUAGACCCAGCUGCUAAGCCGUAUAAAGAGGAUAUAUACCAACACGAGACAGCCCAGAUCAUCAACUUCUAUAUUCGGUGCAAAGAGAAUCCGCUGCUAAAGAAAGGAAGUGAGUUUGCAAUGCCAACUACCAGAGAAGAGUUUCAGAGCGGAAGAUUUUUGAAUAGUGCAGGGUUCCUUAUACAGACAUACAUAUACGAGUUUAUUAAUACUGCAGAGGACUACAAGGACUUUGUGGAUGCAGUGCAUGAGCUACUAGUUGAUCAAUUUACUGAAAAAAGCAAUCUAAAUAGAUAUACUAAAAAGAAUUGCAGGAAGGUGAGAAUAUUCAAAGAGCUUUUUCUAGUAAAAGGAGCAUCUGAUGAAAACAUAAAGCACAUUGAAUCAUUCUGUAACCUUAUUCAGGCUACAAAUAUAGAAAUAAGAUUUCCCUUCCUUGAUUCCAGCCAGCUGCCGCGGUAUACUAAAGUACCACAGUGUAAACUGGACAAGUCUGGUUUUGAGAGAAGCAAAGCCUUAUACUAUAGCGACUGUGUAGAGACAGCUCUUCUUGGGCUGUUCUGCUGUCUAGCAUACAACCCAAGAACAAAAAAGUAUGAAACACGCCACAUGGGGGCAGGAAUAAGUAAAGAGCUGAAGGAGUUCUUUGAAAAGUAUCCUAAGCCAACUAAAGCUGCCGACUUCGAAAUGCACAAGGAGUGGAGCAGAGUUGUUGCAUGCUUAAAGAAUGACAAGAUUGACUACGAACAGGAUAAAAACGGGCUUCUCUCUGGGAUUGGAAAUAUAUUUCUUGCUAUAGCAGAAAUAACAGACCAGAAAAAACACACACUCGCGCUAAUUAAGUAUAUAGAGAAUGUAUGCAGGGCAGGAAAAUUAGAUAAUAAGCAGAUAUCUUAUAUUUCAGAUAAGAUAGAAUUAAUUAUUCGGGCUUUAUCACUGAAUACAAAUGUAAGAGUAAACUGCAGUCAUAUGGAACUUGAAAAGAGAUCAAAUGGCAAAGCAGAUAUUUUUUCUGAAAUUAAAUUUAUCUAUACGUUCAAUAAAGCACGUAGUGAAAUUGUUUUGAAAAUAGAUACAGACCACACAGACCUUACUUUUCUUUCAUUACAGGAGGCUAAGUCUGCAUAUAUUAUAGAAGAAUAUAAAAAGGUAAAGAGUAUUUACGAUGGGCUAGACUGCUAUAUAGGAUACAUUAUGGACCACUACUUUUAUUUAGGAUUAGCUGAUUCAGGAUCUGACUCUAAAAUCCAUUUAGAAUAUCGUAAAUAUACAACCGAUCACAUGUUACAGAAUUCGUUUAAGGAGCCAUAUAAAGUACUCUUAUUAGGAAAGCUUACUAGUACUAGCAUUAAGUCCUGGAUUAUAAAGACUGUUAUACUUAGUACGAUUGGAACAAAGAUAGAUUCAACCAACUAUUUGGUGCGGUUUACUAGAAACAUUUUAGGAAGUGUUCCGCUUAAUGAUUUUACAGUUCAGCAAAUAAUGAUGCGAUUCUUCCCAUUUCAUGCAAGCUGGCAGAAAUACUAUCCAAGACUUGGAUAUAAGCCAUCUGAGCAUCCUGCAGAUGCUAUUUGGGAGACUACAGAAAUAAUGCAUUUACAUAGUGUGUUACUAAAUCUGCCAGCUUCUAUCGCAUAUAAAGCCAUGCAAAACUAUCUUAGAGCAAGUAUAAAUAAUGAAAAGGUAUAUGAUUUAAGACUUUGGUUUAUAGCGUCAGAAGAACUGUUUGAACACAUUACGUCUUAUAAACUGGUAUCUAAUCUAAUGGAGAUUCAUUGCAUUCUUACAAAAUCCACAAAAGCUGUAGACUUAAACUAUAUAUGCUUUUUAUGGUUUAUUCAUACAUGCUCAAGUGGUAGUGGGUUUUCAACAGAGUUUAUUAAGAAGGUUUACAGCUUUGUAACCUUAGAUGACGAUUUGGCGAGUUCGGUUAUGAAUGCUUUGGGAAACACUGUUUUAACCUCUAGACAAUUUAAAAAAUGUCUAAGUGUUUUAGAAGAAAGAAAAGCUCUUUUCUGCACAGAGGAUGAUAGAAAAAGCAUGGAAAAGUAUGAUAAAUUAGUACUGUACUUUAGAAAACCAACUUUUCCUCCAGUUUAG